AUGUCACACCGUUUUGCAAUUCGAAUCGCCUGUCGGGAUAUCUCCUCGGAACCAUACAGCGUCAUCGUGGAUUCUCAGAGGACGAGAAAAAUGUUGCUCUUCCAGUCAUCGGCAAUUACAACGAUCUCAAAUGUUGAAUUACUGUCGGAAUUAAGGAAGAACUAUACGAAACUUAUGGAUGCCAGAGGUUUAGUAGGUGUGCUACGAACAAGUAAAGAUGAUGCUUACCUGUUAGCAGUUACUGAGGAUGAAAGUGUUGGUGAAUUACGUAACUGUAAAAUUUAUCGAAUUUGGGGUGUGAAUGCGAUAUCACUUAAAGGAUCUGCCACGGCAAAUCCAAUGGAUCCACGUAUAAAUGAUGUAUUGCGUCUGUUUUUAUCAGGCAGUUUCUAUUAUGCUUCUCAGGAUGACACUAGGGGUAUUGACUUAACUGUCGGAUCUCACAAAUGCUUAAAUUCUUCGAAUGGCGACAGCCGUUUCUUUUGGAAUAAACAUCUACACUACCCGUUGAAGCGAUACAAGAUUGAUUCAAAUGAAUGGCUGUUACGGAUUAUUUGCGGAGCGGUUGUUAUAUGUCAAGUAUAUGUAGGACAGCAACGAGCUACGAUCGCAUUAAUUUCUCGUUUAAGCUGUGAACGAGUCGGAACACGUUUUAAUGUGCGUGGCAUAGACGACGAUGGUCACGUGGCUAAUUUUGUUGAAACUGAGCAGAUCAUUACUUUGGGUAGCGAUGAGAUCUCAUAUGUUCAAAUAAGAGGAUCUGUUCCUCUAUUUUGGGAACAACCGGGUAUUAAUGUUGGCUCACAUAAAGUAAAAUUAAGAGCUUUCGAAGCUUCUUCUCCCGCAUUUAACAGACAUUUUCGUGCAUUGAAAGAGAAGUAUGGUGAAGUAACUGUCGUAAAUCUUCUGGGUUCGAAAGAAGGUGAAACUCUGUUGUCGAAGGCAUAUGAAGCGCAUUGCAAAAAUUCAAGUUUUGUUGCUAAUUACAUUACUUUUGAUUAUCAUGAAGAAAAAAGGAAUUGUAUGAAAUUAAUGGAGACAUUAAAACCGAAAAUUCGAAAAUGCAUGUUUUAUAAACAGCAAAAUGGAAAUGUCUUAUGCAAUCAAAACGGUGUUAUUCGGGUAAAUUGCCUCGAUUGUUUGGAUAGAACUAAUGCGGUCCAGACUCUUAUAGGAUUCCAGGUAUUGGGUAUACAAUUGGAAAGUCUUGAAGUUGAUAAAAAAUAUUUUUCGAGAUUUGAGGAACAUUUAAAAGACAUAUGGCAACGAAACGGUGAUUCGUGCAGUGUGAUUUACGCUGGAACUGGUGCAUUGGAAGGGAAAAGUAAAAUGAAAGAUGCAAAAAGAACAUUGGUAAGGGCAAUCCAAAACAAUUUUUUGGAUGCAUCGAAACAAGAAGCGUUCGAACUUCUUCUUCAAGGAACAUUUAUUUGUGAUAGUUCGUAUAACGAACUGACCUGUAUGAUGCCGCGUGAUAUUCUUUUAGAAUUUCCAUCGGUAUUGAAAGAUUUAGCGGAGCGAAAAAUGGAAAUGGUUGAAAACGUUCCGUUGACUCUUUGGAUAGGAACUUGGAACGUAAAUGGUGGCAAAAAUUUCUCUGAUAUUGCUUUUCGUAAUCAAACAAAUUUGGCAGAUUGGUUAUUCCCACAACAUUUCCGUGGAUUAGGUGGAGAAAACAACACUACGCCAGAUAUAUAUGUUGUUGGUCUAGAAGAAAUUAUAGAUUUGAAUGCUUCAAAUAUAGUCAAUGCUAGUACAACAAAUCAGCGUGCAUGGGCUCUAGGUUUGCGUGAAGCGUUAUCAAAGCGAAAUAAAUACAUAUUGUUAGGAUGUGAGCAACUUGUUGGUGUAUGCAUUUUUGUUUUUAUCAAACCUUCACUCGCCAUUUCUGUGCGUGAUAUGUCCAUAAAUAGUGUUAAAACAGGAAUGGGCGGUGCAACAGGGAAUAAAGGUUCGGUAGCAAUGAGCUUAACCAUAUAUUCCACGACGUUUUGCUUUGUCUGUUCUCAUUUAGCUGCAGGCCAAAAUGAAGUUCGCGAUCGUAAUGAGGACUAUAUGAAUGCAUUGAGAAAAAUCAAAUUUUCUCAGGGUCGUGGGAUUCUGUCGCAUGCCGUUAUAUUCUGGCUCGGUGAUUUUAAUUAUCGAAUAGUGUUAUCGCGCAGUGAAGCUGAAGCAGUAAUAAAAUCCGGAAAUAUGGUGGAACUUUCUCGUUACGAUCAGCUUUCUCAGCAGAAAGCUUUGGGUGAAAUUUUCAAGGAUUUUGAAGAAGGACCACUAACUUUUGCUCCAACUUAUAAAUAUGACACUUUUACUGACGAUUAUGAUACAUCAGAAAAAUGUCGUGUUCCUGCCUGGACUGAUCGAAUCCUCUGGAGAGAAACAAGCGGAGCAAAGAUUGUGCAGUUGCUCAAUUAUGACCGGAUAGAACUGAAAACUUCGGAUCAUAGACCAGUUUAUGCUUUAUUUCAUGUUGAUGCCUAUAAAAUCAAUUUUUCACGAUUUGGAUUCGUUUUCAGAGACGUGGUCAGUUCAAUGGGUCCUCCAGAUGGAACUGUGCUUGUAUCAGUGUGCAAUCUUGAUAGUUUCCCUCCGGAACUACAUCUUCCUGUUAUCGGGAAACUUGAUCUGCUUGGAAUAUCGCCGUCCAUCAGCAAAGUCGAAUCUGAUGUAUUAUGGUUAAUUUUCAAUAGUUGUGAUAUAGCCUUGGCAGCCUUAAGUUUGGAUGGAGUAAAGAUUGGAAAUUCUGUCCUAAGUGUUCGGUUAUUAACUCCGAACUGGACUGAACUAGAAUGUACUGAAAUGGAUAAUAUGUUGCGAAAUGUAAACGAAGACAUGAAUAUGGAAUGCAUCGAACUAAGAAAUGCAGAUAAUUUCGAAAUUAAUGAUGAGGACGACUUAUCAAUGAAAGGUGGAUCGGAUAAUCGAAUAUCUAGACUGAGAUGUAGUUCUCCGCUGGAUAGAAGCGAAAUGGAUCUUUGCCAGCUUAAUGUGCCGAAUGCACCUCCCAGAGCUGUUGAAGUUAGUGUAGCCGUCUCUAUUCCUCCACCUGUACCACAGCGAAAGGAAUUAGCCGACAAAUGA